AUGGAUGACGAGGCGAGAGCGGCCUACGAGAGCCAAUCCCUGACACUGCGAGCCGAUUUGAAGCAGUGGGAGGGCGACUGGGCAAACGCGCACGCGGGAAAGAAGCCGGGCCGCGGCGAUAUCAAGCAGAAUCCAGACAUUGCCCGCAAGUACAAACAGUACAACAGGCUUCGGGACAUACUCGCCUGCAGGAUCCCGCCUCCGGCUACUUCAGAUCCCGUCCGCGAGGACCACUCCCAACAACAGCAGCAGCAACAACGGCAAUACCGCAAGCGCACCCAAUCCGACGUCGCUCUUCCCCCUCCACAAACGCCCUCCAAGAAGGCCAGACCGGCUCGGACAUCCCCGCGACCCCAGCCUCCCGAACACACCACCAACGCCAUGGCAAACGACGACCCGGGCACACCUUCAACGACCCAGGCUGUCACCCCACUUGUCACGGCCCUGACUUCGAUCAGCCCAACACCUCAAAAGGACGGCCGUGUCCUUGGUCUCUUCGACCUUCUCGGCCGCACUCCUUCACGCUCUGCCACAGACACCACAGCUGCCAUCAAUAGCCUCUCCGGCGUGGCAACACCUAGCAAGCAGCGCACCUUUGGUUCAAUUCUUCCCGCAGAUACAACAACAUCAUCAGUGACAGCGGCAACGCCCACCACCGCCCGCUUUGCCACAACCCCCCAAUCCAAGCACACAAACUCUCAAACACUUUUCCCACCCACAUCUACCACAGCCGCCACCCCUUCUCGAGGACAUGACAAGGAGAACAAACUCUUCAAGACCCCGUCUAACAGUCGGGUCACCAAGUCUCGUGUGGGCAACACACCUACCAGCUCGACGCCUUCGUUUCUUCGCCGCCGUACGUUUGCGAGGUCGAUCACUGCGCCGGUCAAGUCGGCAGGGCUCGCGCCCGUCGACGAGCAUGAUCAUGUGGGUGAUCAGGGCGCUGGAGGCGUGGGGGCGGAGGAUGAGGCGUGGAAGGAGAUGGGUCCUCUACGGCUACCGCGAAAACUGGGUGUUAGUAUUGGUCGAAGCCUGAGCAGUGUCGUGGCUGGUCUGAGGAAGUUGGAGGACGAGGCUUUCGAUGACGACGAGGAGGCCUUGAGGGAGAUGGAGAGAGAGAUGGACGGUGAUGAUGGAUCUACCCCUGCGGCUGCCCCUGGUUCUGAGACUGGCGCAAAAUCGGGCAUGGGAAUCGGAACGAAACAGGCGGCCAGUGGUGCGACAGGCGAUGUGGAAGUAGAGGACGGCCAAAUUGCAACUCAUCCAGACCGCCAACCACCCGCCCAAGGUGUUGUCCGAGGACAUCAACCAGCUGGCAGCGCCCACCCGGGUCUGCUCUCUGGCUUUGACGAGGACGCUCUCUUCGAUAGCCCCGACGAAGAGGGUCGCAGCCUUCCCCAACCCCUCCGCCAAUUCAAGAAACGUGGCCAAAAACGCACUACCCGCCUUGUCAAGAUGCGCCCAACUCGCGCCCGGCGGCCCACCCAGCAGACCGAAAACCUGCCCGCCGUCAGUGACGAGGACGAGGGCGAGGACGUUGAUGACAACCUGAUUCCCGAAACGCAACUCAAUCCCGCCACCGUCCCGUCCCACACCGCAGGCGGCGAUGGCAACCUUCUCCUUUCCGACGAUGACCUCAAUCUCUCCGACUUUGAUGCCGACUCCUCCGGGGACUCUGACUCCGGCACCGUGGUCCAGCCCAAGGGCAAAGCCAAGGCUGCCCAAGGGAAACUGACGAAGAACAAGAUCACAGUCGUCGGAGGCGCAGCAGCGAGUAAGGAAGAAGAAGAAGGGGGUGUCAUCAAACGCGCUGUGCGCAAGGUGAAGGCGACGGCACACGCCAAUUUCAAGCGGCUCAAGUUGCGGAACACGGGAUCCAAGGGUGGACCGGGUCACAACAGUCGCUUUCGGAGGAGGCGCUGA